GUGGGGGUGGGGCGACUACUACUGCAUGGGGCCUGCCUUCCCUGUUCAUCUGUACAUGUUGUGUUCAAUCCUGCAGCUGCAUGCUUCCUGCCCACCUAGCCCCAGCUGCCUGCAUCUACCGAGAUCGAUAUCCUCUCUCCUUCAUGUGCUCGCCUCGCGUCGUGCCUUCGGUCGGCCUAGCUAAUAAGCUACCACACACUAGCUGUUAAUUAGUAAGGUACUAUCGAUAUGAUCGAUAAAGCUAGCUAGCUGCACUUCAUUCCUUCCUGCUCCGAUCCUAAUAGCUACAGGUAGUAAGCAGUGCGUGAUUCGAUCGGUUGCUUAAUUACUCAGCUGGUCACGGCAGUCGGCAUGGCGCCGGAGUGGGAAGCAGCGGCCAUGGGCAUCGACCCCGGCAUGGGAUCAAUACGCCAUAACAGUAUGGCUGCUGCUGCUCCGAUGAGCUUCUCCUCCCACGCAUCUGCUGCAGCCCACCAUUUCUACGGGGCCGACCAGCAACUGCCUGACCUCUCCAACGCCGGCGCCGCGCACGACUUCUUCCAUGCUGCCAGCGCCGGGAGUAGUGAACCUUCUGCCGCGGCGACUCCGGAUCAGCACGGGUCCUUGAACCUCUCCUUCACCGACGAGUUGUACCUUCCAGUGCCGAGUGAGGAAGCCGCGGAGCUGGAGUGGCUGUCCAAUUUCGUCGACGACUCCUACCCCGACAUACCCAAUUACCCGCCGGAGGUGCAAGCAGAGAUUGCGGCCGCGGCAGGAAAAAAUAACAACCCCGGGGCCGGCGGGAGCGGAAGCGGUGGCGGGGAGGAGGCGUGCGGCGUGCGGCGGUGCACCCACUGCGCGUCGGAGAAGACGCCGCAGUGGCGGACGGGGCCCCUGGGGCCCAAGACCCUGUGCAACGCGUGCGGCGUGCGGUACAAGUCCGGGCGUCUGGUGCCGGAGUACCGUCCGGCGGCGAGCCCGACGUUCGUGCUGACGCAGCAUUCGAACUCGCACCGCAAGGUGAUGGAGCUGCGGCGGCAGAAGGAGCUCCUCGUCCUCCGUGGCAACGCAGCUGCUGCCUCGGGAUCCGGCGGCGCGGAGCUCAUGUUCCGAGACUACGGCGUGUGUUGACUGUUGAGCAUACGCAUGCAUGCAUGCGCUACCUCACGAUGAAGCUACCUAGAUUUUGCAAUUUCGAUCCCUUCCCAGCUCGAUCAUAUCGCAUCGAUCCCUAGCUACUCUCUCUCUCUCUCUCUCUCUCUCUCUCUCUCUCUCUCUCUACAAUUUUAAUUUGGGUAUUCAAUUAGUCCACUGCGUGUAUCCUGCAGCCAUUAUGAUUAUAUUAUUUUGUUUGUAUCCCCAUGCAUGCCACCUCAAAUCUCUUUCAUCUUCGAUUCUUGUAUCAAAAUAAUAUGUAAAAAACGCAAUGAUAUUGACGAUGUAUGUUUCAGAAGUUGGUUAAAAAUU